CCGGACAUUCCAUCUUCGUUUUUAGAUUCCAUUUCGUUUGAAGGUUCUUCAAUUGGCGUUCGUGGUUCUGUUGUUUGCUCCAAACCGGUUGUCUGCAUGUGUGUGAGGAGAAAGGAUCGCAGUUCUAGGUCUGUUAGUGGCAUUUUUUUGUCCAUGAGCUUUGGGAACGAUGGAUUUGUUCAGGAACCGAAAGAGGAUUUGGUGCAAAAUGGAGAGAGGGGCUCGGCAGAAGUGGAAGAUGGUAAUACUAUUGUUAAAAUCAAGAAACUGAGGGCCAGUUACGGGAGAGUAACAGCAGCGAACACCACCAAACAUCUAUGGGCUGGAGCUGUUGCAGCUAUUGUUUCAAGAACUUUUGUUGCGCCUCUUGAGAGACUAAAACUGGAAUAUAUAGUUCGUGGUGAGCAGAAGAAGUUGGUUGAGUUGAUUAAGUCAAUUGCAGCUACUCAAGGCUUGAAAGGCUUUUGGAAGGGGAACCUAGUCAACAUUCUUCGUACGGCUCCAUUUAAAGCAGUCAAUUUCUGUGCUUAUGAUACUUAUAGAAAGCAGCUGCUUCGACUGACUGGGAAUGAAGAAACUACAAAUUUUGAGAGGUUUAUUGCCGGAGCUGCAGCUGGAAUUACUGCAACUAUACUCUGCUUACCACUUGACACAAUCCGGACCAAAAUAGUGGCUCCUGGUGGUGAAGCCUUAGGCGGUGUUAUUGGGGCUUUCCGCCACAUGAUCCAAACUGAAGGGUUCUUUUCCCUUUACAAGGGCUUAGUGCCCUCUCUUGCAAGCAUGGCACCUUCAGGAGCUGUUUUUUACAGUGUAUAUGAUAUACUGAAAUCAGCUUAUCUACAUUCACCAGAAGGCAGAAAAAGAAUUCAGAACAUGAAUCAGCAAGGACAACAAUUGAAUGUUUUGGAUCAGCUUGAGUUGGGUCCAGUUAGGACGCUGUUAUAUGGGGCGAUUGCUGGUGCUUGUGCUGAAGCUGCCACUUAUCCGUUUGAAGUAGUAAGGAGACAGCUUCAGUUGCAAGUCCAGGCGACCAAAUUGAGUGCAUUUGCAACAUGUGUGAAGAUCAUUGAACAAGGAGGAAUUCCAGCACUCUAUGCUGGACUUAUUCCCAGCUUACUGCAGGUGCUGCCUUCAGCUGCAAUAAGCUACUUUGUAUACGAGUUUAUGAAGAUUGUUCUCAGAGUGGAAUGAACGGAGGCAAAAAUUAUCUGAAAGGAUAACUCUUGGGAUUUUGUUGAUAAGAACAGGAUGUAACAUCUAGCAUUGUAAAACCAAGAGAAAAAAAUAUAUAUCAAAAGCAUUUUCAGCAUCUAACAUUCUUUGAGUUGCCAUCCUAACCGAGUCUUGUGGUUUAGAAACUUCAGGAUUUCGUUAGAUUCCCUUCAUCGGAUGCCAUUUACUUUCCAUAAGUAACCAAAAUUUAGGCUAUCCAUGGCGAGGGGUUGACAGUGAAGACUGGUAAUGGGCUUUGAUGCACUUUAAGGUAAUAAAUUACAUUAUAUAUUCAUAA